AUGUACGUGCAUUGUUAUGCUCAUAUAUUGAACUUGUGUCUAAUUGAUUUAGCUAAACAGUUAUCUUAUGUCAGAAAUACUUUUGGAUCUUUACAGUCUUUACAUAAUUUUAUUAGAGCUUCAUCAAAACGCAAUGCUAUUUUUGAAACCAUACAGUCAGAAACUGCUUGUACAAGUAAAUCAGUGAGUCUCAAAAGUCUUUGUGAAACAAGAUGGAAUUGUCGCAUGGAUGCUUUAAAAUCUGUAUUUACAAAUUUUAGUACAAUAAUUAAUACUCUAGAACAUAUUUCUGAUAAUGACAUUAACUCCGGAUCUGAAGCUAAAUCAUUACUAAAUAAUAUACAAAACUUUGAAUUUGUACUCUGUUUGAUUGUUUUAAAGGAUAUUUUGGAAUAUACAAAUAUUUUAUCAAAAUAUUUACAGUCUGUGAAUAUUAAUUAUGCUACUGUAAUUGACAUGUCUAAUAGUACUAUAAAUAUAAUAAAACAGAUGAGAUCAGAAAUUGAAUUUAAUAAUAAAUGGAGAUGA